UGAUGUAGAAAUUCAUUCCGAAUACAAAGAAAACAGUUAUGCCAAUAGACAUUGUACCAGCACGCUGUCAGAAGAGAGCAAACGAAACAAAGUUACAUAUAAGUGACGUGCAGUUUGGUUUUUGCAAAUAAUAAUAAUAAUAAUAAUAAUAAUAAUAAUAAUAAUAAUAAUAAUAAUGAAGACACACGCACGCCUACAUAUAACGGCGACGCUAUAUAUACAUCAAUGCAAGAACUACAACUAGGGACGCGGUAUUUACCAAUCAUCCUCCAAGGAUUUAAAAUAAGGCCGUAGCAAACCCCCGUGGAUGCUUCUUUUUAUGAUGUUAUCAUUAACACUUUAAUAAAACAACGAUUCGCGUUAAUACUGCUGGUGGAUGAAUAUGCAGAUAACCGGAUUAAACGAUGUGGAUCUUAUUUAGGAGAAACGCUGCCCCUUCUGAUUUUAUAGGAGCGACAGUCCCGUCCCGCCCGUAUUGACGUGUCUGAGGCGCUGUCCGUGGUUCUGAAGUCGAAAGGCUGACAGUGAAACGGCAGACUUAACCUGGCAACUUCUGGAACCCAUUAUGGUAUUCAUAAGGAGUCUUUUUAACUCGCUUCCAUUAUUGAUUUUAAUGGCGGGCAGCUGUUGCUCAGUAUGUGUGGAGGUCCCAUCCGAUAACUUGGCGGUGCAGGGCACUAACAUGAAGCUGGCCUGUAUCUCCUGUAUGAAGAGGGAGGAGGUCAGUGCUGAAACUGAGGUGGAGUGGUUCUACACCUCGCCCGAGGGGGAAAACAUCACGAUGUGCAGCUAUUACAACGGUGUGCAGAGGGAGGUUUGCCCGUAUAAGGAUCGGCUGAUAUGGAAUGGCAGCAGGGAUUUCCAGGAUGUCUCCGUAUUCCUCAUUAACAUCACUCUGAACGACACGGGGAGGUACACCUGCAGGAUCAGGAGAUACUUAAACUUCGAGAUACACAGGCACACCACCGAAACCGAGAAGUACAUUGAUCUGCUGGUCACAGAGGAAGCCGGGGAGGACUUCACUGCAGUCGUCUCUGAGAUUAUGAUGUACGUUCUGCUGGUGUUCCUGACUCUCUGGCUGCUCAUAGAGAUGGUUUACUGCUACAUAAAGAUCUCAAGGGCUGAUGAGGUGGCGCAGGACAGUGCGACAGACUACCUAACAAUACCGUCUGAAAAUAAAGAGAACCCUGCUGCCCAAGUUGGCAACUAAAAGCGAUCAAUCCAAACUCGAAUGGGAAAGCAUUGGAUCACUGGAGCAAGGGAAGACGCCCGAACCUCCAGAACCAAUACAGGGAAGGUGUACCACACUGCAUACACUGUGAUGAUCCAGUAUCUUGCAAUUCCGGACAGUAUUCCUAUGUGUUAGUCAGCAGUCUCUGAGCACCCACCAUCGCGAGUUAACAAACCCAAGCUGAGUUGUCUUUGCGUUCGUGUAGCAUGCUGUUCGGAGGACGUGGGCAGUGUUUACUUCACCAUUGUUUCAUUAUUUUGUUGUAUUUUCUAAAUUACAUUUGUGAUCCUAAAACCUUAACCCAGGGAUGACACAGCAGUCCGUGCUCUGUGUAAUGUGUGCCUCACAAUACUUAAGGGAUCUGUCUGGAUGAUCUUGGGUACCUGACAUAUUUCUGACUGGAAAAUGGAAAGAUCCGCUACACAGUGACAGUGUUUAGGUGGCCUUAGCAAUAGGAAUUUGUGCAUGUUACUGAUGUAUAUAUUUCUGCAUGCUAUUGUGACAUCACAAACACAGAAUUAUGUUUUUGCUAGUAAUGUGUGUGUGAUAUACGUGUAGUAGCCUGUAGAAUAUCAAUGGAAGCCUUUAACUGCGAGUUGGAUUCAAAAGAGCUAAGAUUUCAGGCAGCUGAGAGCAAGAGAGUGUGUGUGCUUUUCUUCUUUAUUAUAAAAUGGUUUCUGUAGUGGUAUUGUUUAUAUAUUGGUUAAUCUGCUUUAGUAGUGACUUCAAUAUAAUGCAUACUGUAUGUUUUGUAGGUUUGAAAGUGCUGUUGAAAAAAAGUUAUUGAAGUUUUAUUGGAGUUUGUAAUAAGAAAUAAAGAAAAACUUUUAAUCUGGAACCUUUUUGUGACUUUUUCCCCCCUAAGAAUGAUGUUAUUAGAAUAAUCGAUAAUCGCAAUCGGGAUUAUUUUCAAAUAUCGAUUCGAUAAUCGAAUCGACUUGUAAAAGUGAUAAUCGCUCAUCACUACUUCAUACCCAUUUCAAUUAAACUGAGGCAGGCCCCCCUUUAAUUGCCCUUUUAAGAAAAGCACACCAGGUCCCCUUUUGAUCUUGUAGUUGCCCUUUUAAGAAAGGAAUGUUUGUUAGGGACUUGAUUAGAGACAGCUGAGGGUGGUUGUGCUGUGCACUGUGUCCUGCUAGAAAAAGUGAGGCAGGGUUUGCUUGCCAAGAGUAAAGUGUGUCUGUACGGGAAGCUGGUUUUGUGGCCUGACUGUCUUGAAAUGCUUGUUUAUCUUCAGCAGGCUGCCUGUCCGGUGAGAACAUUCCUUUUAUUAAAUGAUAUGCAGAGUGUUUUGUGGUACUACUUCUUUGAUAGUGUUCUGAAGCUGGUGCAUGUAUAAGUGUGUGUGUGUAUAUAUAUAUAUAUAUAUAUAUAUAUAUAUAUAUAUAUAUAUAUAUAUAUAUCCUUGUGUUAACCACUUGUCAUUAAUGCAUGGUGUUGUGUGUUAAUCCGGAGGACUGGUUUGCAGUCGCCUCUUCUCUUUUGUUCUGUUCCUGAGCCUUUGUGAGCAUUGUUUGUCUUGGAACUAGUGGUAUUACUAGUUUUUUUUUGGUUUUUUUUUCUGGUCAAACCAGAUUUUGAGGAGGUGUUUCCUCGUUUUGUGGAAAGGGGUUUCCAGGAUAGGUGACGUGUGCUGCAGAAGAGGAGCUGUGGAGCUCUUGUGGGAGUGACCUAGACAAAACCACAUGGGUGUCAUUUCAAGGCUUGUUGCAAGGACUUCCCAAUGAAAAUAUAUUGAUUAAGUUAAGGGGUCGGGGCAACACGCUAUGGUCCACUUGAGCUGGAAUGACCCACUGGGCAGAUGUGUGCUGCUGGAGCCUGAUGCAUUCACAAGCCACGGUUCAUCGCAUUGCCACGAACAGUGACUAUCGCAAGCCUGGUCACCCCUCUCAUUUUCACCCGAGUCUCAGGCAGCAGGUUUGUUUCGUUUGGAUGUGGGGCCUGCUUGUCCGUACUGGCUUGUACAUUUUGAAUGAAAAGUAAAGCAGGCUACUUGUACAAAAAGUGCGCUAAACUUAGACAAUAUUUUUAUAUAAUUCAUUUUCAAGUCUGAGGAACAUUUCUGAGUGACCUGAUUUUGUUACGUUUGUUUGCAAAGCUCCCCAGGCAAUAAUCUCAUCAGUCGAUUUGCACUGCGACACACAGUGGAAGUAAACAGGACACAUUCGAUAGAGGCACACAUCUUGUUUGUUGAGAUGCUGUGUUCCCUGUAGUGUAGUGAAGCAUACAUGUGGUUUGGGGUGUUUUACGAAUGGACCGGACCACAUUCUCCCCCAGAAAAUAGACAUCCAAGCAGCCUGACCUAAAUGAAAUCUUUAAUGAAAUGAGUGACCUGUAAAAUAUCAGCAAGGGGCUGAGAAACAUCUAUAAUGAAUUCUCUGUUAAGAAUAGCAAUAUCAGAUUAAUUAAAAUAUUCAUCUUUAUCCGUAUUAUUAAGUUCUUCUUUAUAAAUGGCUUGCAAAUUAAAAGCAGGUUUUGCAUCUGGGAUUAUUUUUCUCUGAAGAUAUAAAAUACUGCAGAAUCUAGGUUAUUUCUUUAUUUUAAAAGGAUUCCCACAGGGUCCUGCGUUUUCUUAGUAUAUUUCUGUUCAGUUUUUUACUCCAACACAGCUUAAGGAUCUUGGGAGUAUUGUCUUUAUGAAAAGCAAACUUUGUCAUUUGAAAAACAACCCUACAGUACAGAGUUUAAAACCAGGGUUGCGAUCAAUUUGUUUUUCAAUUCUAUCGCCUCAUUGAUCAAAAUUGCAAUUAGCAGUAUUCUGUUAAAAUGAGCUUCUCACAGUGGCAAAAGUAAUUACAUUGAAGUCACUGUUAGUCAAUUAAAUUGGCUUCAAAUGAAAGCAGCUGCACAGUCACAACAAUUGUCUCUAAAAUAUGAAUGCCAGUUCUUAUUCCUUUGAAGAAUUUGGAAUUGGAAUUCGGAAUAGAUUUUAAAAAGGAAUUGGAAUUGAAAACAGGAGUUGACCCCACAACCCUGGCUAAAACUACAUCCAGGAUGUCUGUGGAAUGAGAGGGGAGAUGGGCUGUAGACUUUUCCUGUGUCCAGAUAUUAGGUGUCUCAGAGAUUACCAGUAAUCACAUUGUGAAUUUGUUGCAAUGUUCACACAACACACAGGUUUUAUUGAGGACUUGCAUUGCAGAUUUUAGAUUUAUAGGAUUUGUAGUCUCUUACUUGGUGUCAAAUUUGUGGCUCCUUAAUUGUUCAUGGCUAACACUGUUGCAAUUUACAACCGCGAUUACUUCAGUUCUACCUGAAUAAUGGCUACUGUACUUGUGUGUGUUGUUUGAAGUGCUGUAACAAGGUGUUUUUUUUUUUUAAGACCUGGAUGUCACUUUCUAAGCCAUGUAUCUUGGGUAAAAAAUGGUUUUAAUCUCCAGAAACCCAAAAAAUUACACUAAUGAUGCAGAAUAUGGAGACCCUGUGACAAAUUCAGUGUAAAAUAAAUAAACACAAAUGACACAAAAUUAAAAGUUUGUUCAAUACUUUAUUCAUACCUUCAUUUUCUACUUUACAUUUACUGGAUAGACAUUUUUAUAUCCUGGUAGGCAAGGUUAUCGAUAUACCCAAACCCACGCACAGCGCAGAGUUUUUAUGUGUGUGUGUGUGUGUGUGUGUGUGUGUGUGUGUGUGUGUGUGUGUGUGUAUAUAUAUAUAUAUA